AUGCUCGCGCGAGUGCUGGUGGCACGUGGUUGCCGGCAGCGCCCUCUCUCUAGCCUCCACCGCUUCGUCUCCACCUUUGCCUCGGUCAACGGUGAGAGGACGGACCCGCGGGCCCUCACCGUCUCCGCGUGGGACGUGUCGUUCCAGCGCGGCGAUGGCGUCUUCGAGGUGGUGAGGGUGCUGCCUGGCGGCAAGCCUCGCGCCUUGUCGCUCCACCUUGACCGCCUUGAGCGCAGCGCCGACGCGAUCCAGCUGCCGCUGCCACCGCGCGAAACGCUGAGCGACUGGUGCACUGCAGCCGCGGCGGACGGCGGCAUCGGCAGUGUGCGGCUCAUGGCAACCAAGGGCGCGGCGGAGUGGGACGCGCCGCCGACGGUGUUUGUCAUGUGGCAACCGCUACCCUCGUGGCCGCCCUCCUUCUCGCUGCAGCCUGCGGUGGCGCCGUGGCACGCCGCGGGCGCCGACGGGUGGGAUGCGGUGAAAUGGCUGGCCUAUGCGCCCAACCUGCAGAGCACUCGCCGCGCCGUCGCCGCCGGCACCUUGGACGCCCUCCUGCUGCUCGCUAUGAUAAGCGCCUCUUCACAGCGCGGGCGCUCGCAAUCGCCCGGCGGCGCAAAGGGUGCGGCGGAGCCCAAGGGGGCGCAAGCCGACGACGGCCUCGAGUCGCUGUUUGUCCUCGACGGGCCCAACUUUGCCGUCGGGUGGGCCGACGAGUCGGGCGCUCUCCACUUCCCCGACUGGCGGCAGCUGGGGCUGCUGCAGUCCACGACGCAGGCGCUCGCGAUGCGCGCCUCGGAGACGGUGCUAGGCCGUCCCGCCGCGGAGGGCGUCUACCAGCUCUCCGACGUGCUGCACGCGUCCGAAGUCUUUGUGAUGAGCACGACGCGCGGCUGCAUCCCGGUCCACGCCAUCGGAGGGAGGGAGUGGCAGAUCCCGCCGGGCGGGGUCGCAGCGCAGCUGGAGGCGGCUAUCGAGGAGGUGGCAGCCGCGGAGUGA